AUGGCUGAAACAGUGGAAUCAGUAACCAAUCUCCCACCAGUUCGUCGUUUCAUCACCAAGCACAAUGCUGAUGGCAAGAGUGUGCACCUCGAAUCUACCCCACAGAAGUUCUUUCCGGUUCCUGGCCAAGGGGGCUACGCUCGAUCUUACUCCGUCGCCUUGCCGUACGAGCUAGCAGACGGCGUAGACAUCAAGGCAUAUACCGAACCUGACAAACCGACAAGUUGGAAUUCUUCAACGAUCGUCACGCCGAAUGGUGUCAACUUCAUCAUAGUUGAUCUCCAACCCGGCGGUGCCAGUUUCAUGCAUCAAACCGUCUCCAUCGACUACAGUGUAGUUGUACUCGGCGAGAUUGAACACGUUCUCGAUAGUGGCGAUACAGUCACAUUAAAACCUGGUGUAAGUCUAUCUCUAGUGGAAUAUACAGUGUGCAAUCUAAAUCGAACGGGACAGGAUCACAUCAUCCAGCGCGGUACCAACCAUCGAUGGAGAAAUGCCUCAAAGACAGAACCUGCUCGAUUUGUUGCCACCACCAUUGCAAUUGAACCUUUUGAGGUUAAUGGAAAGCCCUUGGAGGAGAAAUGGGACUUGACGGGUUAG